AUGGGCAAGAGGACUCAUUCUCUGAGAUACUUCUGUUUGGCUGUUUCGGAACCUGGCCCUGAAGUCCAUGAAUUUACCUCUUGGGUAUGUGAACUCACAUCCUAUCACACUACAUACGACAGUGUCACUAGACAGAAGGAGCCAAGGGCUCCAUGGAUGGCGGAGAGCCUGGGACCUGAUCAGUGGGACAGGUACACUCAGCUGCUGAGGAGCUGGCAGCAGACAUUCAAGAUGGAGCUGAGUCAACUCCAGAAGCACCUGCAAGCACUCAGUGUUUCAGGAUUUCACACUUAUCAGAAAAUGAUUGGCUGCAAGUUGCUAGAAGAUGGCAGCACUGCAGGGUUUCUCCAAUAUGCAUAUGGUGGGCAAGAGUUCAUCAUCUUCAAUAAAGACACCCUCCAAAAGAUUCUUGGAGAUGGAAAAGACACUCCAGAAAGAACAGAGCCUCCAGUGGUAAGAACAAGUAAGAAGGAAACUUAGCCAGGGACUACAACUCUCUUCUGCAGAGCUCAUGGCUUCUACCCACCAGAAAUUUCCAUGACGUGGAUGAAAAAUGGGGAAGAAAUUGUCCAACAAGUGGAUUAUGGAGGUGUGCUUCCCAGUGCGGAUGGAACCUAUCAAAUGUGGGUGUCAGUUGACCCGGAUUCUCAGAGCAAAGACGUUUAUUCUUGUCAUGUGGAGCACUGUGGCCUCCAAAUGGUUCUUGAGGCUCCUGGGGUAAAAUCAGAAAACAUUCUUCCAGUGGUGAGCGUGAUCUCUAGAACCAUAACCCUUACCAUUGUCCUGGCUGGAGAUGUUCUGACCUGGAGAAGAAGGUCAGGACAUGAGAGGCAUGAAGGGCUGUUGGGGAUCCCUGUGGUCUCCUUACUGUAUCUGCCAUGUGAGUCCAUUUAG